AAUCGUACUUCGAUUUAUGCAAUUUGUUGGAGUGAAGUUGUAAUAUCAUCGCUCUUAUUGUGAUCGGGUGUUGGUGGCGGUUUAUUUUUAUUCCGGUAGACCGUAACAAUAAGUGGUCGACCUCUUUGCUAAGGUAUGUCUCGUAUGUGCUUGUUAAUGCUUGUAUGUGGUUAAAUUUUUCCUACCAUCCGGUCGACCACCCUCACCAUCCGGUCGACCGCGCUUUUGUAAUUAUAUGAUUAGGUCGACCCUUCAGUAAAUUCUGGUCGACCGCAUGUUUGUUAUUUAGUAAUAAGGUCGACCGUACAGUUUAUUCAGGUCGACCUGACGAGCGCUAAUUGAGUAUGUUUUUGACAUUAAGUUCGUAUUCUGAUCGUUUCAGAAUGGAUAACAGAGAUGAUACAGAUGAUAGAGAUGAUGAUGAGGUUAACUUCGAUGAGGAACCUAAGGAUGCUCAAGAAGGAGCUAUGGAUAAUUCAGAUGAUACAGAUAAUACAGAUGAUGAAGUGGUUGGGGAUGAUAAUGAAACCGAGGGUGCUGAAGAAGAAUUUAUGGAUGAUGAAGAAGCUACUGAAUAUGAACAACAAAUUCCUUCCAUGGAGUUCCAAACGUUAGAAGAUGCAGAGAAAUUUUACGAUUCCUAUGCUAAAGCGAAAGGAUUUAGCGUUCGACGUAGAGAUCUUCGGAGGAAUCGUCAUGGAGUAGCAAUUGGGAGGACAAUGGUAUGUUCGAGAGAGGGGACUAGAGAUAAGGUGCAUAUAGAUAAAGAAGGUCGGACUCGACAACAUCGUAAGAUGACAAGACAUUAUUGCAAGGCAUCGUAUACUGUACGCUUUGAUCGGAAUAAGAAAAUGUGGGUUGUUUCUAAGUUUGAGAGGAAGCACUCACAUCGUUGCUGCAAUGAAGAAGAAAGUCAAUUCCUUCGGUCUCAUCGAAAUGUGAGUGAAGGAGACAAGGCUCUGGCGAUAGGGAUGCGACAGUCAGGAAUAAAACAACGCAACAUUGUUCAGUUCAUGAAGAAUAAAGUUGGAGGAUAUGAGAAUCUGGGGUACACUCCAAAGGAUUUGGACAAUGUUGUUCAGCAAUUCCGAACAGUUGACGACGAUCUAAUAGGAGAUGUUAACCGAACAUUGGGUUACUUGCAAAGUAAACAUACCUCUGAUGCAGGCAGCUUCUUCAAGUACACAACCAACGAUGAAGGUGAAUUAGGCAAUCUCUUCUGGUCGGACUCCACAUCUAGAGCAGAUUACCAUUUUUUUGGGGAUGUCUUGGCGUUCGAUGCAUGCUACAAGCGCAACAGGUACAAUCGACCAUUUGUUAUGAUGGUUGGUGUAAAUCACCACCACCGUAACAUCAUAUAUGGUUUUGCCCAGUUGGAUAACGAGACAAUCCCCAACUAUGUUUGGUUGUUGAAUACUUUUCUGGAGUGUAUGAACUCUAAGAUGCCCACUUCAGUGAUCACAGACGGAGACAAGUCUAUGCGUGGUGCCAUUGCUACUGUUCUGGUUGGAGUGCCUCACCGUCUUUGUAUUUGGCAUAUUGAGACAAAUGCGACAACGGCUGUUCAUAAUAAGGAGUUUGUUAGCGCAUUCACUUACUUGGCGAAAGCACGAAUAUCGAUUGAGGAGUUUGAGAGGCGUUGGGAGCAUUUGAUUAGUCAGCAUGGUUUGUCUGCAAAUAAGUGGUUGCAGGAUUUGUACGCUGACAAAUUACUGUGGGCAGAGGCAUACUUGAAGGAUAUGUAUUUCGGUGGACUCCAAUCAACCUCGCGAUGUGAGUCAUGUAACCAUUGGAUAAAUGGGUAUGUGGGAACUCAAUACAGCUUGCAACGUUUUGUUCAGGGCAUUGAUGAAGCACUGGAGGGGAUGCGUUUCACGGAGGUGCAGGAUGAUUAUACUUCUAGGCACACGAGGUUGGUCUGCAAGCAUGCCCUUCGCACUUGGGAAAUGCAAGCUGAAAGUAUCUACACUCAUCGUACAUUUGCUAUCUUCAAGUCUGAACUAGAGAAUGAGGCUUCUUAUGUAUUAGCGGAGAGAAGAACUGAAUCAGAUGGGACAGAGACAUUCAUACUGAAGAACUACAUGAACCCAGAUCGGAUAAGGCGGUUAACAUUUACUACGUCCAAUCAAGAUCUAAAAUGCGAGUGUGCAUUAUUUGAAUCUAAGGGGUUUCCAUGCAGACACAUGCUUACAGUAAUAAAAAAUAUGGGGUACACCGCACUACCCUCGUCGUGGUUCAAGCUACGAUGGACCCAAAAUGCGAAGACACUAAAUCGUCAUCCUGGAGUUGGAGGUGAUGUGGGAGAGAAAGUUGGUCGACUGAUAAGACAUGGAGGAUUGGCUCUAAAGUGUAAACGUUUAUGUGACAUCGCGUGUGGUAGUGAAUCUGCUUUUAAUCAUGUCUCUAAGACGUUGGACGACCUUACUCAAUGGGCAAUUGAGUUCGCGAGGGAGAGAACGGACAACACCACACCGGCAAACCCUCCAGCACCCCUUCGAAGUGUGAAAGAUCCAAAAAUUGGGAAGACCAAGGGGACAUUCAAGUCAGCACGAACUGCAUCGGGUAAAAGUUUAAGAAAGUGUUCGAAAUGUGGGAAAUAUGGUCAUUUUCGCCCUAAGUGCCCGAAACAAAGUCCCAAAAAAGGAUCUUAAAUUUCUUCUAUUGUUGUUUAGGAGUUUAUUUAUAUUUUAAUAACUGUGAUUGCAUUGUAAUUUCUUCGAAUUAUCUUAAUAAUUUAUGAGUUAAUUGAUUUUUGGUUGAUUGGACGAAGAUCGGGCGCGAGGCAAGUCAAAAAGAAAGCCACACGGGCACACACACAACCCACACGGCCGUGUGAUGUUGCAAUUUGGCCGUGUGGAAUUAUGCGAGGCCUCACACGGCCAGGCUGGGUGAGCUACACGGCCAGGCUGGCGGCAAAUAGCAAUAAAACGGCCGACCUCAUACAAAUAACGGUCGACCUGAACAUACACGGUCGACCGAACAUGUUAGUGAGGUCGACCGCGUAUUUAAUUCGGCCGACCAAACCGGUUUGUUUGCAACAUCCACCCAAACCUCCCCCAAUCCUCUAUUUAAGAAACCCUCCCCCACUCAUUCUACACCACAAUCAGAACCCUAUCCCACCACAUCCACUCAUUCUUCCUCUCCUUUCCCUUCUUCAUCUUCUUCUCCAUUUUCCAAAAACUCCAUUUUCCAAAAACUCAAAGAAAGCUUCAUCCUCUUCACUUAGAAGAAGAACAAGGUAUAGCUUUCACUCCUCUCUUUCAUUUGAGUCGAUUCUUGUCUUCUUCUUUCUGUUUUCAAAAAAUCUAAAGAUGUAAAAGAGGGAUUUUUCCUUCUGUUCGUCAGAAGCGGUCGACCUGUUCAUCAUCGUGGUCGACCGCGUCUGGCCUUAAAUCGAUUUUUAUUUCUGUUUUAUGGACUGAGGUCGACCUAUGAUGAUAUUGAGGUCGACCUGUGAAGUUCGAGUUGAGAUUUCUGGCCUUAUUAUUUAGAUCUGUAGCUUGAAAAUAUGGACUUUGUCCUUCUGUUCGCCAGAUGCGGUCGACCUUUUCAUAAUCAUGGUCAACCGCAUCUGGCCUUAAAUCGAUUUUUAUUUCUGUUUUAUGGACUGAGGUCGACCUAUGAUGAUAUUGAGGUCGACCUGUGAAGUUCGAGUUGAGAUUUCUGCACUUAUUAUUCAAGCGAUCUUAUUUCUGUUUUUUUUGUGCGAAACUAACACAGGUCGACCGCUUCUAUUUAUGCGGUCGACCGAAUCUGUUUUGCACUCAAUUGAUACGAGCAUUUGGGCCAUUUCUUUUCAUUUUAAUUUAACCGAGGUCGACCUGUGAUGCUUCUGAGGUCGACCUAUGAAGGCAAAAGUUCAAGUUGUGCCUUUGUCUUUGAUUUAUUUGUGCAAAACUAACACUGGUCGACCUCUUCUAUUUAUGAGGUCGACCGAAUUUGUUUUGCACUCAAUUGAUACGAGCAUUUGGGCCAUUUCUUUUCGUUUUAAUUUAGCCGAGGUCGACCUGUGAUGAUUCUGAGGUCGACCUAUGAAGGCAAAAGUUCGAGUUGUGCCUUUGUUUUUGAAUUAUUUGUGCAAAACUAACACUGGUCGACCUCUUCUAUUUAUGAGGUCGACCGAAUUUGUUUUGCACUCAAUUGAUACGAGCAUUUGGGCCAUUUCUUUUCGUUUUAAUUUAGCCGAGGUCGACCUGUGAUGCUUCUGAGGUCGACCUAUGAAGGCAAAAGUUCGAUUUAUUUGUGCUAAACUUAUUGAGGUCGACCUGUGAUGAUAUUGAGGUCGACCUCGGGCCAUUUAAAUCGAUUGAAAGGCAAUUGUGACUUUCAGAAGCCGCGCAGUGCAGGAGAUUAGGCCAUCUUACAAUGCACUCGAAGACAUAAACGAUUGUGUCUUCG